AUGGGUAGAAAAAAACAUCAAACUUAUGAAGGACUUGGUACAAAAGCUCGUGAUAAAGUACCAUUUAAAAAAGGUUUAUCGAAAAAGAAAAAACAACAAAAAGAUUUUCAAAAAAUUAAAUUAAAAGCUGGAAAACUUCGUCCAAAAGGUCUUAAUGAAACAAAAUUAGAAUUUCAAUCAAAAUCAAUACUUAUACGUGAACAACUUCGACAAGAUUUAGGUUCUGAACGUAUACAUGAUAUUCUUCCACGAUUACGUAAAGGUACAUCAGCACAAAAAUUAGCUGUACUUGAUACAUUAAAAACACGUUUACAAAAUGAUGAUAUUGAUUCAUGGUUACCAUCACUUCAAUCACUUCUUGAUACUUGUACAUCAUAUCUUUCAUUAGAAAGUGUUAGUCAUUAUCGAUCAGCAUUUCAAUGUUUAAAAAUAAUAUUUUCACGUGUAGAAACUUCAGAAAGUUUCGAACCAUUAAUGGCACUUAUAUGUCAACGUUUAAUUUCUUUAAUGACUCAUUUAAAUGAUGAUAUUCGUGAACGAUCAGUACCCGUACUUGAAUUACUUCUUCAUCAAUCAUACUCACCAAUAUUAUUAACAAAUCAUGCAUUACCUAUUCUUGAAAGUUUAUUACAACAAUUAAUGAAAAUAAGUCGAUCUGAACGACAAUUUAUUAUAACAAUUGAUACAACAACAGUUGGAAACAAUAGUGGAAAUGCACGAUUACUUGAUUGUAUUGCACAAUUAGUUAAUAUUGUUUUUGAUAAAUAUAAUAAUGAACAACCAAUUAAUAAAGAUAUAAAUCAAGAUGAAGAACAAGAAAAAACUUUAUUUGAUUUAUUACAUAAUACAAAAUCAAAACCUUUUAGACUAAUUGAUCAAGUAUUUCAAUUUCGUUCUGAUUCUCAACUAUUGUCUCGUGUUAUGGAUCUUCUUCUAAAAGUUCUUCUUCAAUUUUGGUCUGAAAUGCGCAUACAUCUUGGUGAUCGUCAUCAUCAUCGUGAUGCUUUAUCAUGUUUAUGGUGUUGUACAAGAAUAUUUCAUCGUUUAAUGAAUUCAAUAUUAUCAAGUCAACAUUAUACAGAACUUCAUUCAAUAAUUGCUCAACAUUCAUCAUCCAUACAUAAACAUUUAUUACAAAAUUUUCCAUUUGAUGAACAUCAAGGUUCAGAUAUAUUAUCAUCAAAACAAGUUCAACAAAAAAAUUUAACAGUAAGACGUUUAAAUAUACAUAUUAUUGAUUUAUUAUCAACACAAUUUCCUCGUAUACAAGAAAAAAUGAUUAAAAAUUUACAUCAAUUAAAAUUUCAAUUAAAACCUGAUCAAAUGCAACCAUUACUUAAUUAUAUGUUUGAUUUACUUAAUAAUAAUGAAAAUUUAAAUAUUCAUGAAACAAAAGAUACACUUGAAUAUAUUGAAAAAUGUAUUCGUUCAUUUCGAGAUGAUAAAAUUAUUCGACAAUGUAUUGAUGGUAUUUCCAAAUAUAUACAAAGAUCAAUAAAUGAUCUUCAUACAAAUUCAAUUGCCUUUCGAAUUCUAUGUGAUAGUAUUACAUUAAAAAUUGCUAAACUUGAUUCAGAAAUCAUUGCUUCAUUACCAGUUGAUGAUAUGGUAUGGUUUGUAUUUCAAGUAUUACGUUCAUCAGAAACAGAAUUUAAUAAAAAUGAAAGAAAAGAAAUACUUGAACGAAUGACACAAAUAUUUUCAUUUGAACUUGAUCCAUUUGCACUAUUACUUAAUAAUAUUUAUAUUGAUUAUUUUGCAAUAUUAAAAACUAGUACUGGAAUUGAACAACGUUUACUUAUAACUUGGUUAUAUGGUAUUAAUGGUAAACAAUCAUUAAAUAAUUCAUUUUUAUUAAGUUUACAACAAUAUAUUCAAUGGCAUUGGUUAGAAUCAGAAAGUAUACAUCUUUUAUUAGGAAUUUUACUUCGACAAUAUGAUCGUCAUGGUGAAAAUUUCUGUACAUUAAAUGAUUUUUCAUUAUUUUUUUUUCGUCUUUUAUUUCCUUCAUUUAAAAUUGAUGGUUAUGUUACUGAAAAAUUAAAUGAUAUUGAUGCUAAUAGAACAUUUAAAUAUAGUGAAAUUAUUAUUAAUCAUUUACAAUGUUUAAAAAUUCAUCGUGAUAAUAUUAUUGAAUCAUUAUGGAUUCGAAUUGAAAAUGCUUUUGCAAUAAAUAAGAUGAAACAAUUGAAAUGGUUUGAAUGGACAACAAUUUAUUCAUUAAUUUCAAUUGAUAAUGAAAUAUUUCCUGAUGCCAUUGUGCAAAGUCGUAUUGCUGUUCAUCUUAUACAGACUAUACAACAAAUUAAUCAUACUUCUAAUCAACAAAUGAAUCAAUUUAUUUUAACACGUUUACGAACAUCACCAGCAUUAAAGCGAUUACUUAAACAAUCUUUAACAUUAACUGGAAAUGAUCAAGAACUUCAUGCAAGAUGUAUAUCAUUACUUGACUAG